AUGGGAUCUGUGUGGAGGGGGAUGAAAGGAAAGUGGACAGUUGGUUUCCAAUAUCCAGACCCAGUGAAGAAGAAGAAGAAGAAGAAGAAGAAGAAGAAGAAGAAGAAGAAGAAGAAGAAGAAGAAGAAGAAGAAGAAGAAGAAGAAGAAGAAGAAGAAGAAGAAGAAGAAGAAGAAGAAGAAGAAGAAGAAGAAGAAGAAGAAGAAGAAGAAGAAGAAGAAGAAGAAGAAGAAGAAGAAGAAGAAGAAGAAGAAGAAGAAGAAGAAGAAGAAGAAGAAGAAGAAGAAGAAGAAGAAGAAGAAGAAGAAGAAGAAGAAGAAGAAGAAGAAGAAGAAGAAGAAGAAGAAGAAGAAGAAGAAGAAGAAGAAGAAGAAGAAGAAGAAGAAGAAGAAGAAGAAGAAGAAGAAGAAGAAGAAGAAGAAGAAGAAGAAGAAGAAGAAGAAGAAGAAGAAGAAGAAGAAGAAGAAGAAGAAGAAAAUCCAAAGGAACAGAAACAGGACAGAACUUGACGAGGCAACACAACGAACCAGCAACAAGGGGAGAGGAGCACAGGGGUCAGCUGUCUCCCGCUGGGAGAGCUGGAGUGGAUGGGAGGAGGAGCACAGCCUAGAGGAAAUAACACAGCAGCAGGGAGGCUCAUGCCAAUCAACGAACGGGUAUGAGUGA